AUGAGGAAGGUAGUCCUGGUCACCGGGGCCAGCAGCGGCGUGGGCCUCGCGCUGUGCCAGCGGCUGCUGGCGGAGGACGCCGCGCUGCACCUGUGCUUGGCGUGCCGGAACCGGGGCCGGGCCGAGGCCGCGCAAGCCGCGCUGCUGGCCGCCCGGCCCUCCGCGCAGGUGAGCACCGUGCAGGUGGACGUCUCCGACCUGCGCUCCGUGCUGCGGGCCGCCAGGGAGCUCAGGCGCAGGUUCCAGAGGCUAGACUACGUGUACCUGAACGCUGGCAUCAUGCCCAGCCCGCACCUCAACCUCCGCGCGCUGCUCUCCAGUCUCUUCUCCAGAAAGGUGAUCCAGGUGUUCUCCACCGCAGAGGGACUGCUGACCCAGGACGACAGGGUCACUGCUCACGGGCUCCAGGAGGUCUUUGCCACCAAUGUCUUUGGACACUUUAUCCUGUUCCGGGAGCUGGCCCCCCUCCUCGGCCGCGGUGACAGCCCGUCCCGGCUCAUCUGGACGUCGUCCCGCAGCGCCCGGAGGGCCAACUUCAGCCUGGAGGACUUCCAGCACAGCCGGGGCCGCGAGCCCUACAGCUCCUCCAAGUACGCGCUGGACCUCCUGAGCGUGGCCUUGAACAGGAACUUCAACCAGCGGGGCCUGUUCUCCAGUGUGGCGUGCCCGGGGACCAUGCUGACCAACCUGACCUACGGAAUCCUGCCCCGCUUCGUGUGGACACUGUUGAUGCCAAUCAUAUGGCUGCUCCGCUUCUUUGCAAACGCUUUCACCUUGACGCCGUACAACGGAGCUGAGGCCCUGGUGUGGCUCUUCCACCAGAAGCCCGAGUCCCUCAACCCUCUGACCAAGUACCUGAGCGCCACCACCGGCUUCGGGAGAAACUACGUGACGAUGGAGAAGAUGGACCUCGACGAAGAUACUGCUGAGAAGUUUUACCGGCGCCUCGUGGAGCUGGAGAGGCGCCUGCGGGCCACCGUCCUGAGCACCGACUAG